UAGUAAAAGACUCCUUAGUCCCUAUAGUUUUCUCUAAACGUUUUAGUUAUGCAAUUCUGUUAACUACGACUACGAGAUUACAACAGAGUGAACAGACACUGCACCGUGCUUGUGUUGAUGCUAACACCAACCCCAAACCCUCCCUCCCAUUCCGAUGCAUGCGUGCACCUUCUCCAAUCUGCAAUCAAAUCACGAGACCCAUUCAUCGGAAGAUGCAUUCACGCUCGAAUCAUCAAACACGGCCUUCGCUACCUCGGCGUCUUCCUCACAAACAACCUCCUCAACCUCUACGUCAAAACCGGCUCCUCCUCUGACGCCCAUCGCCUGUUCGAUGAAAUGCCCCUUAAGACCACCUUCUCAUGGAACACCAUUCUCUCCGCGCAUGCCAAGGCUGGCAACUUGGACUCCGCGCGCCGAGUGUUUGAUGAAAUUCCCCAACCAGAUUCUGUGUCCUGGACCACCAUGAUAGUGGGGUAUAACCACUUGGGUCUUUUCAAAAGCGCUGUUCACGCGUUUCUCCGAAUGGUUUCCUCUGGAAUUUCGCCGACCCAGUUCACGUUUACCAAUGUUCUUGCCUCAUGUGCUGCAGCUCAGGCUCUGGAUGUUGGAAAGAAGGUUCAUUCCUUUGUCGUAAAACUGGGGCAAUCCGGGGUUGUUCCCGUGGCAAACUCACUGCUUAACAUGUAUGCAAAGUGUGGUGAUUCUGUUAUGGCAAAGGUUGUUUUUGACCGGAUGAGGCUGAAGGAUACAUCUACUUGGAAUACUAUGAUUUCUAUGCAUAUGCAGUUUUGUCAAUUUGACCUUGCACUUGCACUCUUUGAUCAAAUGACUGACCCGGAUAUUGUCUCUUGGAAUUCCAUCAUCACUGGGUACUGUCAUCAGGGAUAUGACAUCAGAGCCUUGGAAACAUUUUCUUUUAUGCUUAAGAGUUCGUCUUUGAAGCCAGAUAAGUUCACCUUGGGAAGUGUUCUGUCAGCUUGUGCCAAUCGGGAAAGCUUGAAACUUGGGAAACAAAUCCAUGCACAUAUUGUAAGAGCCGAUGUUGACAUCGCUGGGGCAGUGGGGAAUGCCCUGAUCUCAAUGUAUGCGAAAUCGGGUGCUGUUGAAGUUGCUCAUAGGAUUGUAGAAAUAACCGGUACUCCAAGUCUUAAUGUUAUAGCAUUCACGUCACUGUUGGAUGGCUAUUUCAAAAUUGGGGAUAUAGACCCUGCAAGAGCCAUAUUUGAUUCAUUGAAGCACCGUGAUGUAGUUGCCUGGACUGCCAUGAUUGUUGGUUAUGCACAGAAUGGCUUAAUUAGUGAUGCUUUGGUGCUGUUUAGGUUAAUGAUUAGAGAAGGUCCAAAGCCAAACAACUAUACCCUGGCAGCGGUAUUAAGUGUCAUUUCAAGUUUGGCUUCUCUGGAUCACGGUAAGCAGCUUCAUGCAGUUGCCAUAAGAUUGGAAGAAGUAUCAUCAGUUUCUGUGGGUAAUGCUUUGAUUACCAUGUACUCAAGAUCUGGUAGCAUCAAAGAUGCUAGAAAAAUAUUCAAUCACAUAUGCUCCUACAGGGAUACAUUGACUUGGACUUCCAUGAUUUUAUCUCUAGCUCAACAUGGUCUUGGAAAUGAGGCCAUAGAACUGUUUGAAAAGAUGCUGAGAAUUAACCUAAAGCCUGAUCACAUUACUUAUGUUGGUGUGUUGUCUGCUUGCACGCAUGUGGGAUUGGUAGAACAGGGUAAAAGUUACUUUAAUUUGAUGAAAAAUGUUCAUAACAUUGAACCCACUUCUAGCCACUAUGCAUGCAUGAUUGACCUGCUUGGACGUGCUGGAUUGCUUGAAGAAGCAUAUAAUUUUAUUAGAAAUAUGCCUAUUGAACCAGAUGUUGUAGCUUGGGGUUCGCUUUUGUCUUCGUGUAGGGUUCAUAAAUAUGUUGAUUUGGCUAAAGUGGCUGCUGAAAAAUUGCUUCUUAUUGAUCCUAAUAAUAGUGGGGCUUACUUAGCGCUUGCUAAUACACUUUCAGCCUGUGGUAAAUGGGAGGAUGCUGCUAAGGUUAGGAAGUCAAUGAAGGACAAAGCAGUAAAGAAAGAACAAGGAUUCAGUUGGGUUCAAAUCAAGAACAAAGUCCAUAUUUUUGGGGUUGAGGAUGCUCUUCACCCGCAAAGAGAUGCAAUCUACUGUAUGAUUUCCAAAAUAUGGAAGGAGAUAAAGAAAAUGGGCUUUAUUCCUGACACCAAUUCUGUAUUACAUGACCUAGAGCAAGAAGUGAAAGAACAGAUCCUUAGACAUCAUAGUGAAAAACUCGCCAUUGCAUUUGCAUUAAUAAAUACACCAAAGCAUACUACAGUGAGGAUCAUGAAGAACCUUAGAGUCUGUAAUGACUGUCAUUCUGCCAUAAGAUAUAUCUCUUUGCUUGUGGAAAGAGAAAUUAUAGUAAGAGAUGCAACGCGUUUUCAUCAUUUUAAGGAUGGUUCUUGCUCCUGUCAGGAUUACUGGUAGAAGAAACAGGUGGAUUUCAUGUCUUAAAGGGAAUGAGUGGAAGAAUGAUUGAGUCAAUCAAACUUGCAGGUGAAGUCUCAUAUUACCAAAUUGGACAUGUUCAGCAACGUUGGAUUUAAAUCAAUCACUUCAGAUAACUCAGUGAACCCUCUUAGGCUAGUCUGCGAAGGUUCUAACUUCUAGGAAAGUUGCUCUACAACAAUCGUAAGAGCAUUUCGAGGAGCAUUGUUACAAUCAAAGACUCAACCCGAAGCAACACAGAGCAUGGUGAGCAAGAAAUAGGACCAAACACAGAAACAACUCAGGAAGCAGAAUUCAAGCUAGAAACAGGGUCGAGCAAGGAAAAAGCUUCAAGGCCAAAAAGGGAAAUUGUUAAACCUCAAUACCUCAAGGAUUUUGUGGAAAAAUAGUAGCUGGCAAGAGUGGUGCUCAGCAAUUGCAGCAACGUAGCAAUUCCCCCUUUGUCUGCUGAGGUGGCACCAGUCCAUUAGGAAGCAUAUUCCUUUUGUUUUUGUUUUUUUCUCCAAGGCAAUAUGCCACAAGAAUCCAUUAGAAUUGUUAGUAGCAGAAAACGAGUCUAUAUAAAGCAGGGCAAUGUAUCUAAUUGAUAAGCAAUAAUACAAGAAUUUUCCCA